GCAAAGGCCUUGUAAAGGCGAUGUGCUGUGAACAGUGCUCUCUUGCUGCAAGGCAGGGUGACCCAAGGUGGCUGCCCCGGGGUUACAGAGGUCCUGGUGACUCUGAAUGGGUGUGGGAGCAAGGGAGGAGACUUGAGCCUCAGCAGAGCCCCUGGGAGCAGGACUUGCUCCUGAAUCUCAUUUUUCACAUGUCUGCAGCACUCUCACUACCAGCCCUGUCAGAGGAAAGGAGGCGCUUCCUGUUAUUCUGAUUCAAACCUCAAGCUGGACAGAAGGGAAGAGGCAGCUGUGCAGAGUGGCAGGGUGGACAACGAUGGCGGGCCAGUGCCUCUCCUUGCAGCUGCUUCUGCUGGCCUUUACAGCAGCUAUUGGGCUUGAUGCUCAUUCUUGGACCACAACAGCGACUCCCCAGAAUGUCAACAUCUCUUUAGAAGAAGGAAACAGAACAUUCUACAUCCAUGCAUUGUACAGUGUCAUUGCAGAAAACUGCUGGAGAUUCUUUGUUCACCAGAUGGGCAAUGUCAGCAAAGUGCACUGGUGUGAAUGGAGAGCUAUUAGCAGACCAUACAGUGAACUGCGACGCUGCCUGGAAGAAUGGGCUGAUAACCUGAGCUAUGGCUUCCCCAAUGCCUUGGCUGACAACUACACUGUCUUCAGCCACCGCAUGUACUUCCUCAACUGCACUGAAGAAUACCCUCUUCUCAUGGACCCCCCUGAAAAUGUUUUACUGCCCCUUAUCAUAACUCCCAUCUGCCUCAUCCCUUUUCUGGUCACUCUUGUUGUGUUGAAGAGCAAGGAUGGGGAGAUGCAGUCAUGAGUCCUGACCUUCAUUUACUAACAUCGUAGGGCCCACAUGGCCAAACACUCUGCAAUGCUAUUACAAUCUUCAUCUCUUGACUAUCAUGGGAUUGCCCCCCUCCAACUCCAAGAAACCACAACCUGACAUGAACCACUGUACUGGAGACUUAACCUUGAGACUUUGAAUGCUAAAAGUAUUGAGGCACCUUACAACUUGUAUUAAAAGAAGUAGCAUAGAAUCUCUGUCAUAGAAGCAAAUGCAGCCACAUAUACACAGCAGACUUAAACCAGUUUGAAAGUGGUCUAACUAUUGUAGUUCAUUCUGAAGGGAUUCUGGAAAUUGUAGUGCUACAGAACUGCUGGAAAUUCUUGGUGAUAACUCCCUAGACUCUUUACAGAAUUGGUUUCCAGAGUUCUGUGGAGGGAAGCCAUGACAGUUAAAGACUACAGGGUAGCUUUGAGUAGGCCAAACAUACGUGAGUCUGCUCUGGCCACUUGUGUAAACAUUUCUUUCUGUAGAUUGGUAUCUUCUCCCCUCCACCCAAAUUUUCCAGAAUGUUGCAGCUGCCUAAGUACAUGAGGUGCUUAUUGAUUCCAUACACCAAUAAAUCUGUCUAUUUUCAUACAGGCUGUGGGGUUAGGCAUCUGUAUCACUCCUCCUAUGUUUAUUAGGACUGAGUUUCAUAGAAUCACGGAAUAGCAGAGUUGGAAGGAGCCUAAAAGGCCAUCAAGUCCAACCCCCUGCUCAAUGCAGGAAUCCACCCUACAGCAUCCCUGACAGCUGGUUGUCCAGCUGCCUCUUGAAGGCCUCUAGUGUGGGAGAGACCACAACCUCCCUAGGUAACUGGUUCCAUUGUCGUACUGCUCUAACAGUCAGGAAGUUUUUCCUGAUGUCCAGCUGGAAUCUUGCUUCCUUUAACUUAAGCCCCUUAUUCCGUGUCCUGCACUCUGGGAGGAUCGAGAAGAGAUCCUGGCCCUCCUUUGUGUGACAACCUUUUAAGUAUUUGAAGAGUGCUAUCAUGUCUCGUCUCCAUCUUCUCUUCUCCAGGCUAAACAUGCCCAGUUGUUUCAGUCUU